AGUCAUAUAUAGUAGUCGUCAUCUAAGUUCUAACUCUAAUAGAAUAAAUAUGCAUUCAAUCAAUGUUUGAUUCCAUUUGCAGGGUUGUUAUUGUAAUUUCACUCCCUUUGGCUUUUGAGAAUUGUGGAGAGAGAAUUAGAGAGACUCCAGAAUCUUGAGUUCGCGGGAGGGAAGAAGCAACUCGCUCCCCCUUUUCAAAUUUUCACUCUCAAUCUUCGAAUUUCUAAUAUCAAACCCUUCUAGAAAGAUGAAGUCGGAUUAUGGAAGUAAUAUUGCCAAAUUAAAGGAGAUGGGAGAGCUUUCAGCUCCCCCUGGUUUUGCAUCGCUUACAUCUUUCAUUUUGAAAAAGGGUAAAAAGGUUACAGAAAAUGACAAACUUGCAACCUGUCUGAAUGAAACUAAGCACGUGCCAGUUGAUGCAGACGGUAAAAACGACGUGAAUGAUAUUGGUACAUAUUACCAGAUUUUUAAGAAUCGACCCUGGAUACUCUCUGACCAGAGCAAGAGCAACGACAAACCUGAGGAGUGUCACACUGAAUUUAUUCCUAUGGAUCACUCGUCAAAUGCUAGUCGUCCAGAAGGGAUCACUCGUGGAUGUCCAAACUGCAAUAAUUGUUUGAAGGUAACAGCAAGGUGGCAUCCUGAGGAUGCAACGAGAGAAGCCCUUGAAGAAGCUCCUCUUUUCAACCCAACAGAAGAGGAAUUCAAUGACACCCUCAAAUAUAUUGCAAGCAUACGAUCUAGCGCAGAGCCUUAUGGAAUUUGUCGUAUUGUACCUCCUACUCGCUGGAAACCACCAUGUUCUCUUGAGGAAAAGAACUUAUGGGAAGGCUCUGAAUUUGUUGCUCAAAUUCAACGAAUAGAUGGAAUCCAAGUUAAGCAUGCAGAAGAAAAUGUUGCUAGUUCUUGUGAAAAUACAAAGGCCAAGAGAAGAAGGGUGACACCAGUAGAUUUGGACUCUCAUCUUGCGAAUGCAAGCACUUGCACCGUAAAUAGUCAGGGUGUUGAAGAUUGUGUCUCUGAACCCUGUCCUAAAUUCAGUCUCAAGACGUUUAAGAAUUUUGCUGAUGAAUUCAAAAUCCAGUACUUUGAUUACAAGGGCAAGAAUAAGAAUGUGGGUUCUGAUUUAAAUUUAGAUACAAAUCAACAUAAGUGGGAGCCAUCUGUGGAGAAUAUUGAGGGUGAAUAUGGAAGGAUUGUUCAAAAUCCAACUGAAAAAAUUGAGGUGCUUCAUGGUAACACUUUGGAGGCUGAAGGUUUUAGCAGUGGAUUUCCUACAGCUGCUGAUUCUGGGGAGGAACACAUUUCCCCUGAAUAUUUGAAAUCUGGAUGGAACUUAAACAACAUAAAUUCAUUGCCUGGUUCUCUUCUUUCUUUUGAAAGCUCUGGUGCUUCACAUAAUUUUGGUCAUCGAAUUCAUGUUGGAAUGUGCUUCACUCUGCAAAAAUGGGUAAUGUCGCUGACUUACAGUAUACUUGCAUCUUCAUCACGGUCUUCUUUCCAACAUCUUAGUUACAAAAAUUAUUUAAUAAGCAAAAUUAUGGUAGAAGAAAGAAAUUUACCACGAAGAUAUGCUGCCAACUAUGAAACAAUUAGGAAGAAGUAUUUAUCAGGUCUGCAUGCAAGACAGCCUGAUAUUGAUGAUAAUCUGAUGAUGCAGUUAUCCUGCUUCAUAUUGAAGGCAGAGGGCAUACCUGUAUAUCGCUGUGUUCAAUAUCCUCGUGAGUUUGUUCUUGUCUUCCCAGGAGCAUAUCAUUCUGGAUUUGAUUGUGGUUUCAAUUGUUCUGAAUCAGUAAACUUUGCUCCUCUCGAGUGGCUUCUUCAUGGACUGAAUGUGGUAGAGCUAUAUUGUGAGAAGAGGAAAAAGACAUUAAUUUCGUAUGAUAAACUUUUGCUGGGAGCAGCAAAGGAAGCUGUAAGGGCACGAUGGGAAAUCGAUCUGUGUAUGAACGACAUGACAGAUAAAUUAACAUGUAAAGAUGCGUAUCAAAGAAAUGGGAUCUUAGCAAAAGCUCUGGGUGCUCGUGUUAAGAGCGAAAGUAUCAAGAGAGAAUACCUAUGCAGUUCUUUGAAAUCACAAAGAAUGGAUGAAAGUUUUGACACUUGUGUCAAAAGGGAAUGCGGCAUAUGUCUGUGUGAUUUACACUUGUCUGCUGUACAUUGUUUGUGUUCAGAAGACAAGUUUGCGUGCCUGGAUCACGCGAAACAGCUUUGUCCAUGCAGUUGGAGCAACAAAAUCCUCCUCUACCGUUAUGAAAUUAGCGAGUUGAAUGUUCUUUGUCAAGCUUUGGAAGGAAAGUUAAGUGCAGUCUAUAAAUGGGCGAAAGAGUAUCUUGGAUUAAGAUUUCAGUCUGUUGCCUCCAAUAGACAAAUGAAACAAAACGGAGCGGCAUCAGGAAUCGUGGGGAACCCUCGCGGCAAUUGUAUUAGUUCUUUCAGCAUUACCCCAAAAGAGAAGACGAAAGCAAAAGAGAAAACGUUGGGGGGCCGACCUCCUAGAUCAUGUGCUAAUGGAGGAACCAAUUCCACCAGUAUCAAAACUGAUAUGAAGGCACCUGUGAGUAAGAGUAAGCCAACAACUUCAAAGAAGGUACAGCGCGAUCAGAAAGUAUCUACAGUUUCUUCGAUCACCAACUCACGAUACUUGUCUUUUCUACAGCAAAAUACAUUAGUCGAAGUGCCAUCUGAUAGUUGCUCUUCCUCUUCCUCAGAAUCUGACAAUGCGUAAGCAGUAGCUUGCUGCAGGAUAAUGAAAUUUUCAUGCAAAUUUCUGUAUUGGGACCUCCCAUGGCUUGUAAUGUAGCAAUAAACUAAGAAUAUCAACAUUUAAAACUUGAAUUGCAUUUUUUUAAGAUA